AUGGCCAACAUCACCCACCGUGUAUCCCAGCAGACCUACGAGGUGGAAACUCCUCCUGCGGAUGCAUCUAUAGAAACCUUGAGUGAAUACUACUGGACCAAGGAAGCAGAACCUCAUGCUGCAAGAAGAAAGGAGAUUUUGGCCAAACAUCCCGAGGUGACCAAGUUGACGGGCCACGAGCCCUUGACCAAGUGGUUGGUUGCGAUGGUCGUGGUGCUCCAGUUUUCUGUGGCCUACUAUUUGAGAGAGACGAACCCCUUUACUCUUAAGUUUUUCGCUUUGGCAUACGUGAUCGGAGCCACGUCCAACCAGGCCAUCUUUCUCGCAAUCCACGAGUUGUCGCACAAUCUUCUUUUCAAGAAGCCGCUUGCCAACAAGCUUUUUGCCAUCUUCACCAACUUUCCCAUCGGGAUUCCAUACUCAGCGUCGUUCACUCCAUACCACCAGUUACAUCACAAGUUCCAGGGAGAUGAGUAUUUGGACACAGACUUGCCAACCCGCUUCGAGAGCAUUGUGUUGCUGAAUGUGUUGGGCAAAGUGUUCUUCGCGACGUUCCAGAUCUUGUUCUAUGCUCUCAGACCCAUGUUCAUCACCAACAUCCGCUUCACCUACAUCCAUCUCUUGAAUGUGGUUGCCCAGAUUUUGUUGGAUUUGGCGAUGGUGAAGAUGUGGGGCUGGAACUCGUUUUUUUACUUCAUCAUGUCGUCUUUCCUCGCGGGCUCCUUGCACCCUUGCGCGGGCCACUUUAUCUCGGAGCACUAUGUUUUGAAUAAGAACAAUGUCCCUCGCAGAUCGAUCUCUGCGACCGAGAAAGAGAAUGUCUCGCCCCAGCUUCUUCCCGCCGAAACAUAUUCAUACUAUGGUUCUUUGAACUUGGUGACCUGGAAUGUAGGCUACCACAAUGAGCACCACGACUUCCCAUUCAUUGCAUGGACCAAGUUGCCUGAGCUUAAAAGAAUUGCCAGUGAGUUCUAUGAUCCUUUGCCACAAGUAGAUUCUUGGUGCCGCGUUUUGUGGGACUUCUGCUUCGAUGACGUGAACACCUUGUGGUGCAGAGUCAAGAGACCAGGAUCUGAGCGCCACGGUUCCAGAAUUAGGGGGUUGGAUAAAAAUUAA